CGCUGCUUCCCCCGGUCAGAAUGUCAUACCCAGGCUACCCCCCAAUAGGCUACCCACCUUUCCCUGGAUAUCCUCCUGCAGGUCAGGAGUCAACUUUUCCCCCUCCCGGUCAGUAUCCUUAUCCUACUGGCUUUCCUCCAGUGGGAGGAGGUGCCUACCCACCAGCCCCAAGUAGUGGCUAUCCUGGGGCGGGGGGCUACCCUGCCCCUGCAGGAUAUCCGGCCCCUGGAGGCUAUCCCGGUGCCCCACCACCAGGGGGAGCUCCAUCCUAUCCUGGAGUUCCUGCAGGCCAAGGAUUUGGAGCCCCUCCAGGUGGAGCAGGCUUCUCUGGCUAUCCACAGCCACCCUCACAGCCUUAUGGUGGUGGCCCAGCACAGGUCCCACUACCUGGUGGCUUUCCUGGAGGACAGAUGCCUUCUCAGUAUCCUGGAGGACAAAGUCCUUACCCAAGUCAGCCUGCUGCAACGACUCAGGGAACUCAAGGUUCAGUCCAACCAGCUGCCAACUUUGAGGCCAUGAGAGAUGCAGAAAUUCUUCGGAAAGCGAUGAAGGGUUUUGGGACAGAUGAGCAGGCGAUUGUGAGUGUUGUGGCCAACCAUUCCAAUGAUCAGAGGCAAAAAAUUAAAGCAGCUUUUAAGACCAUGUAUGGCAAGGAUUUAAUCAAAGAUCUCAAAUCAGAGCUAAGUGGAAAUAUGGAAGAACUAAUCCUUGCCCUAUUCAUGCCACCUACAUAUUAUGAUGCCUGGAGUUUACGGAAUGCAAUGAAGGGAGCAGGAACUCAGGAAUGUGUAUUGAUUGAAAUUUUGUGCACAAGAACAAAUCAGGAAAUUCGAGAAAUUGUCAGAUGUUAUCAAUCAGAAUUUGGACGAGACCUUGAAAAGGACAUUAGAUCAGAUACAUCAGGACAUUUUGAACGUUUACUUGUAUCCAUGUGCCAGGGAAAUCGUGAUGAGAACCAGAAUGUUAAUCACCAGUUGGCUCAGGAAGAUGCUCAACGUCUCUAUCAAGCUGGUGAGGGGAGACUGGGGACAGAUGAAUCUUGCUUUAACAUGAUUCUUGCCACAAGAAGCUUUCCUCAGCUAAAAGCUACCAUGGAGGCUUAUUCCAGGGUGGCUAAUCGUGACUUGAUAAGUAGUGUUGCCCAUGAAUUUUCCGGAAAUGUUGAAAGUGGUUUGAAGACCAUCUUGCAGUGUGCCCUGAACCGCUCUGCCUUCUUUGCUGAGAGGCUCUACUAUUCUAUGAAAGGUGCCGGCACAGAUGACUCUACCCUGGUCAGGAUUGUGGUCACUCGAAGUGAGAUUGAUCUUGUAGAAAUAAAACAGAUGUUCAAACAGAUGUAUCAGAAGAUCCUGAGCACAAUGAUUGCAAGUGACACAAGUGGGGAUUACCGAAGGCUUCUGCUGGCCAUUGUGGGCCAGUAGGAGGAAUUUUCAAAUAAAUGAAGCUCUUCACAGCAUAUCCUUCAAAGCAGUGGCUGAUCUGUAUGCAGCAAUAUCAACCAUCACCAAACCAAAAGAGCUUUAUACUAAGGGUUGUGCCAGGGUAUUGUGCUUGGUUU